GUAAGCCUUGCACAAGAAUGGCAACCUUGCACCUGAAUGGCAUCCGAGUCCUUUAACAAGCGAGAAGAGAGCCGGGGGAGGAAAACGGAGCGACGGGCGGAGAGAGAGAGAGAGAGGAGAGGAAAGUGAGGGGCAAGUUUGUUCCUCUUUGUGACUUGUGACUGUGGAGCGCGGAGAGGCGGCCAUCCCCUUCUCCUUGACCCGAUUAAAACCCCACUCCCCUCGCACCUCCGGCUCCGGGACCCCGACGAACGCCGAGGAAGCCACUGUGAGUUACUCUCAUUCUGCCCCCAAAUCCAGAGGAGGAGAGAAGAGGAAGGGGCAGAUCUAUGGGCAACUGCAAGAGUUCAUCUCGUGCACUCCUAGGAAAGGCCCAUGUUGUUCCGGAUCCAGAAUGGAGGAUUCGGGACUUCGGAAAGACCCAUGUUCCAGAUUUCGAAUGGAGGAUUGAUGACUUCUCAUCACUGCUUAAGACUGGAUCUAAGAGAGCAACAUCUGGCCCUUUUCACUGCUCUGGUUAUAACUGGGACCUGCAAGUGAGUCUAAUGCAUAAAGAAGCUGGUUCUGUAACUCCAUAUGUUGCCCUUCGUCUUGCGUCAUCCACACUAAGCUUGGUGCCAGCUCACACAGUGCAUGCGGUGUUUGAGUUGUCAAUAUGCAACCAUUCAAAAGGAAUGUACUAUGGAUGCAAAGCUAGCUACAACUUUGAUUUCAAGAAUUUCUACUCGAAGGAGCAUUGCUUGAUUCCUCUUAAGAAGCUGCUGAAAUCAUCUGCUUUUCUAGUUGAUGAUGGUUGUGUCUUUGCUGUGGAGAUAUUAAAAAUUGAUGUCUGCUCUCCUGAAAAGAAGGCUGUUGUGGUUCAGAAGAAGGCUACCACAGUUCAGAACCUCUUUGUCCAGGAGAAGGGGUUCGUCAAAGGGACAUACACCUGGAACAUGAACAAUUUCCUUGAACUGGACUUGGAUCACUGUGUCCGUUCUCCUACAUUUGAAGUUGGCGGGCAUAAAUGGUGCAUCAGCAUGUACCCGCGUGGUGACUUGUACAGCACUGAUUGCCUCAGCUUGUACUUAUCCCUGGAUGCCUCGAAUGAGCUCCAUCUCGAGUCCAAGAAGGUGGCUGUAAUGACUCUGUCCAUCCUGAACCAAAAGAAUGGGAAACACUUGACUAAAACUUCAGGUCUCUUCAUAUGUGAUGGCGGAUGGGGUUGGCCUAACUUUCUUGCUCUCAAGAAACUCAAGAAAGGCUAUGUUGUAGGGUCGAGCUGCAUUGUGAAGGCAGAUCUCACUAUCGUUGGUUUAUCCAAUGAUGGCUAGAUCUUUACCUCAUGCCGAUGGAGAUAAAGCCCUUUCAUCCUCCUAGCAAGACUUAUAUAUGAGAUAAUGUUGUGGUAGCAGCACUAAAAACUUGUGGGGUGAUUAGUAGUAAUGAGCUGGAUUUGAGAAGUGAGAUGACUUCACGCAUAUAUUUCUAGGUAUUAUAUAUCAAGCAGAAAUAUGUUAUUGGAAGUACUUGAGUUUGCAUGGAUGAUGCAACUAUGUCGGUCAGCUUGUCUCGCUACAUGGAUGUUUGAUUCAGCUGAACCAUGUUAUCUCUCGCUUGGUUUUUGUGCACCAUGGAUGUCCCCAGUUGAUGAA